AUUUUUUAGGUAGGUACAGGUCCCUAUAGAGAUUUCCAGGUAAGUAACAUAGAUGUGAGAGAGGCUGAUCAACUCCAACACAACAAGAAGUUAAGACCUGCAAACUUAACUUGAGUUAAGAGGAGAUUUUCAAGAAAGAAAUUGGAUCAGACCCAGGGAUGACGUAACCUGUUUGAUUUCUUUUCCUCUUGCGCUGACGAGCUUUGUGUUUAGGCAGGCUUUUGUUUCUGGCUCUGAGUUGCUUUAAAAAAAAAAACAAAACACAAAAUUGGGAGUGUGUCUCAGGGUGUCGAGGGUGAUGUGCUUAGUUUGAUUGGCUCGGUUUGCUUGCGAGCGCUUUGUUCUUCCCAGCACCCUGAGGUCAGUUGUGCAACAUGCCCCUACUGUUUAAAAAGAAAAGGAAAAAAAAAAAGAAAUGCUGAGUAAUGCCAGAGGUUUCUCAAAUGGCUGAUGCAAACCUGGAGAAUUUGCAUCAUCAUUCAGCUGGAGUAACUUGGUAUGACAAGAGCUUAAAUACAAGUCCACGCGGAAGCUGAGCUGGUUUCCAAUGAUAGGGCAGUACCAGCUUGCAGUGUGAAAGCGCAGGUGUUCCUGAGCAGCGCUCAGAUCCCAGUAAAGGCUCAAAUACAGUUCAGGAGCUCACUACCUGUGUGUAGGAGCAGCUGGAAAGAUAAGGGAGGGCAGAGGAAGAGACUAAGUAGCUGGCUACGCAGAGAAGAAAAAAUCCUUGAGUUUCUGCUGGAAACUUUUUUGCCUCUGCUUGUCGUCAGUGUGGUGGUGGCACUGUAGCAUGUUUAGGAAAGCUGCUGUAACCACCACUUCUAAUGGAAGCUACUUGCAGGGGCAAGCUAAUGGCAGGUUGCCCUCAAUGGACAGCGGACAGCCAGCCCAGGAGGGAAAAGUUGUGCUGAAGAAGAAAGUGACACUUUUGAGGGGGAUAUCCAUCAUAAUUGGUACUAUCAUUGGAGCUGGCAUCUUCAUCUCUCCCAAAGGCAUCCUGAAGAACACAGGCAGCGUGGGCAUGUCCUUGACUGUCUGGACAGCGUGUGGUAUCCUCUCACUCUUUGGUGCCCUCUGCUAUGCUGAACUAGGAACAUGCAUUAAGAAAUCUGGUGGUCACUACACCUAUAUCUUGGAGGCCUUUGGCCCGUUACCUGCUUUUGUGAGAGUGUGGGUUGAAUUACUCAUCAUUCGCCCUGCUGCCACAGCAGUGAUAUCGUUGGCAUUUGGACGUUACAUUUUGGAACCUUUUUUUAUGCAGUGUGAAAUCCCAGAACUUGCAAUUAAACUUAUUACAGCUGUUGGCAUCACACUGGUGAUGGUCCUGAAUAGCACGAGUGUCAGCUGGAGUGCCCGCAUUCAGAUUUUCCUUACCUUUUGCAAGCUUGUAGCAAUUCUGAUAAUUAUAGUCCCUGGAGUUAUCCAGCUAAUUAAAG